UGGUCUCAUGUCUUGCCGUAAAGAAUCUUCUCUGCCGUUCUUAAAGUCCUGAUUGUCACAUGUUUUACCACAUUUUACUGACUUCUUGAUGUGAAUAACCAUUAAUCCUCUUCCUUUCAUUACUUCCAAACUGAGACUACUUGCAGUUUUUUGCUUUCGUGACAGUUCUGCUCUUCCUCUUACCCAACUCUCAGAUUCUCCUUCCCCCUCUGCACGUUAUGCUUUGACCUUUGUCUCAUCUCCUCUGCAUUCCUUCUUUUGAUCUUUGUCGCGUUGAGUAAAGUUCUCCUCUGCCAUGUGGCUGUGGGUGUUUGCUGUCCUGAGUUGUCUGUUGGUGGCACUCAUCUUGUUCCUGAUCACUGGAAAACGCUAUAAGGUGUUCAGUGAGAAGUGUCUGAGACCACCAGGACCCCUGGUCACCAACAGCAAUGAGAGGGAUGCCAGACUGAAGAAAGGGUUCCGUGCCGACCGGGUUCCACCGGCUCUGGAUGCGGUGGUGAUUGGCAGCGGCAUUGGAGGCUUGGCAGCUGCAGCGAUUUUAUCCAAAGCUGGGAAGAAAGUUGUAGUCCUGGAGCAGCAUGACCUUGCUGGGGGCUGCACACACACCUUCCAAAACAAGGGCUUUGAGUUCGAUGUGGGGAUCCAUUAUCUGGGCCAACUUCAUGAGAACAGUCUGCUGAGGGUCGCUUUGGAUCAGAUCACUGAGGGACAGCUGCAGUUUAUCAAACUGGAACAACAUUAUGACACUGUGCUUCUUGGACCGCCCGGCCACUGCAGGGAGUAUCGUAUUCACGCAGGGAAAACUGAGAUGGCAGAUUCCUUGAAGAAGCAGUUCCCAGGAGAAGAGGAAGCCAUUGAUGAGUUUAUGAAACUGAUAAAGUACGCCUCUCGGAGAACUCCACUUAUUGCCAUUUUGAAGAUCCUGCCCUACCCGGUGGUUAACCUUCUGAUUUGGACUGGACUGUUGGAUAGACUAUCUCCUGUGUUUCGCCUAGCAACAGCCAGCCAUUCAGAGAUGAUGUCCCGACUCACUCAGAACAAGGACCUGCAGGCGCUCUCUGCCUACUUUUUCUACGGUGUCCCUCCUAAAGAGUCCAGCUUCCUAAUCAAUGCGCUUCUUCUCCACCACUACAAACGUGGAGCGUACUACCCGUACGGGGGGGCCAGUGAAAUUGCCUUUCACAUUGUUCCAGUCAUUCAGCAGGCAGGCAGUGAAGUGUUGGUCAGGGCGCCUGUUCAACGCAUCCUGAUCAACAGUCAGGGGAAGGCCUGUGGUGUGACGGUUCUCAAAGGACAACAAGAGAUUGAGGUCCUCGCCCCUGUUGUCAUUUCUGACGCUGGAAUCUUCAACACCUUCCAGAAAUUUCUACCCCAGCAUAUUCAGAAAAAACCAGAAAUCCAGUCACUGCUAGGCAUGCUUCGUCAUGGUAUGGGUUCCUUCUUGGUCUUUGUUGGUCUGGAUGGAACCAAGGAAGAGCUGAACAUUGUUUCUAAGAACUUCUGGAUGUAUAAAGGCAACGACUUGGACUCACUUAUGGAGGCGUACUCUUCUCUGAACAGAGAGCAGGUGUUAGGAAACAUACCCAUGAUGUUCAUCACCUUCCCAUCGGCUAAAGAUCCAACAGCCGCCAUCAGACACCCAGGUAAGUCCUGUAUGACAUUACUCACCAUGGCCCGCUAUGAGUGGUUUGAGGAUUGGAAAGAGACCAAAGUUGGCAAGAGGGGUCCAGAAUAUCUGGACCUGAAAAACAGUAUGGCCCAAGAGUUGCUGGAAUGGGCUCUCACCAUCUUCCCUCAACUUCGAGAUAAAGUGGUCAUGGUGGAAGCUGCUACACCUCUAACUAAUGUCCACUAUCUGGGUGCUCCAAGAGGUGAGAUGUACGGUGCAGAGCACAACCUGGAGCGCUUUGGUCCGGAAACAUCUGCUAAGACACGACCACAGACCCCCGUCAGCGGGCUGUACCUCACAGGUCAGGAUGUGUUCUGCAAUGGCUUGGCUGGGGCCCUGCAUGGCGGACUGCUCUGUGCCUCGGCUGUCCUCAACCAAAUCCUCUACAUCGACCUUGUUGGUCUGAAGACUCACCUCAAGCACCGGAACACCAAGAAGAAGUAGACCCUUCUGUAGAAGCACAGAAGCACCCAAAACAAAACAAAUGUUUUAGAUUUUAAUGUUUUAGGGGCGCUUUAUGCACUACAGAUAUGUUGAGAGUGCCUGAAGUCUUGGUGAAAGAUGAGGCAGACGAGAACUUCGAAGGCUCUCUUGUUCCUUUCCCCUCCAGUGAUCUUCAGAAUAACCUCUUAAUCCUCUUCCCUCCAGAAAUGAGUUUAUCAAUAAACUUUUAAGAUUCACAUUCACAGAUA